ACUUGACAGAAAAAGGUUUUCAAUCGUCACACUUGCACAAUCACGCACACACACACACACACAGAGAUGCCUCAAACUAUAUGUGUGAGUGAGAGAGAGAGAGAGAGAGAGAGUCAGAGAGAUGAGUUCCACUCCACCCACACCCAUCCGUGUCCAAUGUGAGGGGGAGGUGAAACAGUUGAGAGCUUACUGUGCUAUUAACUGGCAUUAUUGAGUCGCCUCAUUCUGGAGAAGAAACUAGUCAAGACUGCUCCUCAUCAGAAUUCCACCCAGUUGGAGCAACAAUGACUUCCCAUGUGAAACUCAGGAAGGAGAAGGUUGGUACAGUGGACUACGAUACACAAAUCAAAGAGGUGCGUUGCCAGCUUGUAGACCAGCUGAAGGUGUUGGACUUGCAACUUGAGCAGAAGAGCCAGCAGCUGCAGGACCUGACAGACUACCUCCGCCGAAGGGGUGAGAUUGAGAGCGAGUACUCCCGCUCCCUGGAAAAACUUGCAGAAAAGUUCACUUCCAGAAUCAAAAGGAAGGAACCCGGUAGUCACACAGUGGCCCAGGUCUGGCUGGCUCUGCUAUCCCAGACUCGCCAAGAAAGUAGGGACCACAAUAGACUGAGUGAGAGCUGCAGCAACCUUCUCAUCCAACCUCUCACACACUGCCUGGAGUACACACAACGUCUUGCCAAGAAGAGUAAAGACAUCUGUACUCAGCUACAAGAUGGACUACUCAAGGUUACCACAGAGCUACAGACCGCAUGGCGGACGUACUACCAGUACCACUCAGACUAUGUGUGUGCAGAGGGGAAGCUGAAGGAAGCAGAGAAACAGGAGGAAAAGCAGAAGCAGAGUGCUGCUAAGAAACUGGAGAGGUUGAUAGAAAAAAGACAAGGUAAAGUCCAAGACAUAUACCUGAAGUGCAGCAAGGCCCGAAACGAUUACCUCCUAAACUUGGCUGCCGCAAACGCUUCUAUGAAUAAGUACUACCUCCAGGACAUCUCAACUCUCAUUGAUUGUGCAGAUGUCGGGUACCGCGUCUCUCUGGGCCGGGUGAUGCAGGCCUACCUGUCCAGUCGGUGGCGGGCCCAGCAGAACCUGAGCACGGGGCUGCAGCAGCUCCAAGGGUCCGUGUCAGGACUGGACCAGUGCCAGGACAGAGACACCCUGCUGCAGGACCACUAUAACACCUUCUGUAUGCCCCUUCGUUUCCCCUAUCAGCCCCAUGAUGGAGACCAGGUUUCUGAGGUUAGUGCAGAGUGUGAGAUGAGAUGCGAGCUGGAGACCAGAUUCAAACAGACACAAACUAGGCUGACGGCAGUCACCCAGGAAACUGAGGAGGCUACUAAGAGCAUGUCAGCAGCCCAGUCCACCCUGCUGGAGGGUAUCAGUGAUGAUGAUCUGGAGACCAGCAGCAACAGCGCUUCAUCUCAGGAGGGCAGCACUGAGAACCUGUCAGUCAGGCCCAGUGUGGCCCGUCGCAGGGCCAACUUGCAAGAAGUAGAAAAUCUCUACUUCACUAAAGUAAAAGAGUACCUUGUUGGGAGCUCUCUGGUAGCUAAACUGCAAGCCAAGCAUGACCUGCUUAAAGUGGCUGUUGAAAAAGCCGAAGCAUCAAAUAGACAUCAACCGAGACUCAAUGGAAAGUCUAUGCGUAUCAGGAAAAAUCCCUCAAGUGGCAAUUUGAUGCACAACCACAAACUUUUCAAUGGAGACAUGUUGUCCUUCAUACAGGAGUCAGGACAACAGAUUCCAGUUGUUGUGGAAAGUUGCAUUCGCUUUAUCAACCUUAAUGGUCUCCACCAUGAGGGGAUAUUUAGGGUUCCAGGGUCUCAGAUGGAGGUCAACAACUUGAGGGACGCAUUUGAGCGAGGAGAUGACCCCCUGGAUGAGCAGAGAUAUGACCUGGACUCUGUUGCUGGAGUGCUGAAGCUCUAUUUUAGAGGUCUGGAUAGUCCAAUCUUCCCCAUCGACAGCACCAGCAAGCUCCUCGAGUGUGCCCAAAUAAAGAACGAGGCAGAGAGAGCUGCUCAGCUCAAAACAGUCAUCUCUUCUUUCCCUGAGCCGGUCAUCAUUGUCAUGAGAUACCUCUUUGCAUUCCUUCAUCAUGUGUCUCAGUACAGUGACGAGAACAUGAUGCAACCUUACAACCUGGCUGUGUGUUUUGGUCCAAGUCUGGUACGAGGGGCCCAAGAUGAUGACGUUGUCACUCUGCAGCCUCAGAUCAACGCCCUGGUGAAGAGCAUCAUCCUCCAGCAUGAAAGCAUCUUCCCCACCCAGAGCGAAGUACCAGGACCUGUGUACGAGAAGUGCAUGACACUGGAACAGGAUGACUGUGAGCCUAUCAUCGAUGAAGGAGAUGGGGAUGCAGAGUACUCUCAAAUUAAAGAUGAAGCGGAAAUGGGAUCCUCAGCUGACCAAAGCACCAGCUCGUCUGCAGCACCUCCACAGAGAAAGGGAGAACGUCCAAGAGCCAACAGCAGCGGCUCCAUUGACCAAAGCAGAUUGACAGCUGGACCAGCAGGGGGCGGCAUCACUUCAACUGGAAAGUUAAUGCUUCAGAUUCCCGUUGGGCCACAGGGCAGGCCACGGCGGGUCAACUCUCCUGGCUAUGUGCGCAGAGAGAUUCAGGAACAAUCAUCCUCUGAGGAUACUGCUGUUCAAGUUGACAAGGAGGUCUGUCGCCAGAUGGACUCGGUCUUCAAGGAGCUCCUCACGCGGCAAACCCAGCAAGAUCAGUCCUCUCCCUCUGCCCAAGCUCCCCAAAGGAAAGGGAAGCGUGAUGGACGCAAGUAGAAAGGAGCGGGGCUGUUCAAAGAUCCACUGGAGUGAGAGGACUGGCAUCAAUAGAUGAUACAAAUUAACACUGAGGUGUAGGGUGAUGUGCCCUGACAGCAGCUUUCAACACAUCUAUUUCUAGAAAAUUGAGAUUACUGACCCAUAGUCACUACUCUGAGGUCCCUGUGAUUGGUUUGGGCGUCUUCACAGCGUGGCUUGAUACUCACAAGCCCUUUCAUUCAUGUUUUGUACAGCAGAACCCCAUUGUGACUGCAGACCUGCAGCACCAUGUGGAAACUUACUUGAAAUGCACAGUUGUGCUUGUGUACAAUUGGAUGUGGUUAUAUAACUUAUGAGUUUAUAUCUGCAUCUGUGUAGGUGUUGAUAGAUUCAACUAUUACCACGUGAGGCCAAUUUUUCUCAGUGAUUUUUAGUCGGUACCACAUAUCUACAUGAAAGCACAUAUCUAUGCUUCUUCAAAUGUCUGUUUACCACAAUGAGAUGGAGUCACAAAGUUGGUAAGAAUACUGUGAAUACUAGAGCUGUAAGGAAUUUGUAUAUAUGAAAUAUUUGUAACUUGUUUCAAACUGUAUAUCUAGGCAAUAUGCUAAAUAAAUAUUUUGUCUAUUCUGAAA